GCAGAGCGGAGGCGGCGGCAGGACUGCGCGGCGACGCGGACGCUCGGCAUGGCUCGCCUGGUGCUCGGUCUGGUGAGCUGUACCUUCAUUUUCACAGUGAAUGGGCUGUAUUCCUCUAGUGAUGAUGUGAUCGAAUUAACUCCAUCAAAUUUCAACCAAGAAGUUAUUCAAAGUAAUAGUUUGUGGCUUGUAGAAUUCUUUGCUCCAUGGUGUGGCCACUGCCAAAGGUUAACACCAGAAUGGAAGAAAGUAGCAACUGCAUUAAAAGAUAUUGUAAAAGUGGGUGCAGUUGAUGCGGAUAAACAUCAGUCCCUCGGAGGACAGUAUGGGGUGCAGGGAUUUCCUACCAUCAAGAUUUUUGGAUCCAACAAAAACAGACCAGAAGAUUAUCAGGGUGGCAGGACGGCGGACGCCAUUGUGGAUGCUGCCCUCAGCGCCCUGCGCCAGCUCGUCAAGGACCGCCUGGCGGGGAGGGGUGGUGGAUACAGCUCUGGGAAACAAGGUAGAAGUGAAAGCUCAAGUAAGAAAGACGUGAUUGAGCUGACAGACGACAACUUUGAUAAGAAUGUUCUUGACAGUGAAGAUGUUUGGAUGGUUGAGUUUUAUGCUCCUUGGUGUGGACACUGCAAAAACCUGGAGCCAGAAUGGGCCGCUGCAGCUACAGAGGUCAAAGAGCAGACGAAAGGAAAGGUGAAACUCGCCGCUGUGGACGCCACGGCCAACCAGAUGCUGGCCGGCCGGUACGGGAUUAGGGGAUUUCCUACAAUCAAGAUAUUUCAGAAAGGCGAGUCUCCUGUGGAUUAUGACGGGGGGCGGACAAGAUCCGACAUCGUCUCCCGGGCCCUCGACUUGUUUUCUGACAACGCCCCGCCUCCUGAGCUGCUGGAGAUCAUCAACGAGGACAUCGCCAAGAAGACGUGUGAGGAGCAUCAGCUCUGUAUCGUGGCCGUCCUGCCCCACAUUCUUGACACUGGAGCUGCAGGCAGAAAUUCUUAUUUGGAAGUUCUUCUAAAAUUGGCUGACAAAUACAAAAAGAAAAUGUGGGGGUGGCUGUGGACAGAAGCCGGAGCCCAGUCUGAACUGGAGAACGCGCUGGGCAUCGGAGGGUUCGGCUACCCCGCCAUGGCAGCCAUCAACGCACGCAAGAUGAAGUUUGCUCUUCUCAAAGGGUCUUUCAGUGAGCAGGGCAUUAACGAGUUUCUCAGGGAGCUCUCCUUUGGGCGAGGAUCCACCGCGCCUGUUGGAGGCGGGACUUUCCCAGCCAUCAGCACGCAGGAGCCUUGGGACGGCAAGGACGGCGAGCUUCCUGUGGAAGACGACAUCGAUCUCAGCGACGUGGAGCUGGACGACCUGGGGAAAGAUGAGUUGUGAGGUCCGCACAGGCGUCAGUUUCCUUUUCUUGGGAGCAGAUUUUCCAGCAGUGAAGAAACACUCUGUGCGACCAGAUGAAUCUACCAGUGGCCUUUCUAACCAAGAAAUAGCACUUGAUUGGUCAUUUGAAAACACUGCAACAAUGAACUUUUGCAUCUCAAGAAAACAAUUAAAAAUUCUAUGAAUUGUAGCCAGUGAAUUGGGUGGUAUUCUGUCAAGUAAUAUUUUGAAGAAAACGGAUGGGCUGUUGAAACACUUUCCCCUCCCUCUGACUGCUGCUUGGGUGUUCUUGGAGGCUGUUUCUAUGUUUUUUAAUGUGAUUCUUUCAUUUGAAUAUUAAUGGCUUUUUCCAUUAAAGAAUAAAACAAUAUUUUGGACAAUGCCAA